UCAUUUGAUAAGACCAAGAAGGGAAUAUUAAUGAAAAUCCGAACGGACAAACAGAGACAUAUAGAUUACUGUCUCUAUGAGAGAAUCUAUAUGACUGACUAGCUAUGCCGAACCCCAGAAGAAAUUCCUAUUCAGGCGGCCAAAGCACGGAGAACCCAUUCCAUCAGAACCACUCGAUCAUCUCCUCUCUCGAGCAGUUCCUGAAGAGACCGCAAGCAAUCCCUCUUCUGCUCUCAAUCUUUGUUUUCCUCACCUGGGCUUCUCUCAAUCUCCAACGCUCGUCCCAUAACCAACUCCCAAACAAUGCCCAGCAGAGAAAGGAGGAGAUAUCGAGCGCAGAGGAUGAUGAGAAGGUGAAUCUGGUCCGAUUCAAAUCUGGGUUCCCUUCGCCCAUCGCCACAGAUAAGCGUGGUUGGUUGCUCAACCCGGUCUCUCUUGCCCUUGAUUCUGGAAUUAAAGGUGGAGCGGUGUCAUGUGCUUCAGUUCAUAUCGGUGAGAUGCAACCUGGAGCUAUGAGAGGGAACCACCGGCACCAUGAUUGUAAUGAGACGUUUGUCAUUUGGGGCGCUAAGACAAAAUUUCGGCUGGAGAACAAUCAAAUAGCAGGUAAAGGUUAUGCUGAAGCGAUAAUUGAUGCAGAGGAGGUUGCUGUCGUAGCCAGUCCAAGCGGAACUGCUCAUGCUUUGAUGAAUAUUGAUCCUGUACGUACGACAUAUUUUAUUGGGUGCCAGGACAAAUUGAUAAACUAUAAUGGUUCAAGUUCAACAACCAAUUUCAACGUAUGGAACGAUCUCUAGAUGUUACUUCUUGUAUAUGUCUGCUUCUUUCCAAGUUUAUUUUUUCCCAAUGUGAUUUUGGCAUCACAGUUCAAGUUAGCAGAUCUGUACGUAUGGCUCGGUUGCAGUUUCGUUGUUUUUAUUUAUCCGCGAUCGUUUUUCUGUAACCUGCUUUGAGUAUUAUGUAUACAGCACUGGAUGAGGGCAUUUGUUUGAUGAUAUUUAUUUGACUAUAGAAGAUAAGGAAUAGACAAAGGAAAGGCUCCUGCUUUAUUA